AUGGAUAAGCGAUUCACUGCGUUCAUCACUCCGAGCGGUCUGUUUGAAUUCAACGUGCUACCGUUCGGGAUAAAGAAUUCUCCGACGGCGUUUCAGCGCGCAAUGGAUCACGUGUUCGGAGAUCUUGUUGGCAAGAAUGUGUUUUUAUACAUUGACGACGUGGUUAUCUGUGGUGAUACCAAGGAGGAGGUCCUAGCGCUUUUGGAGAAAGUCCUGCAGCGUACGAUCACCUCUGGAUUCUACCUUCGACUCGACAAGUCGGAGUGGAUGAAGCCAACGGUCGACUAUCUGGGUUAUCAGGUAGGUCGAGACGGGAUCAAGGUACGUAAUAAGUCCGUAAAGAGUGUAACAGAGGCGGCCCCGCCGACGAAUAAGGCUGAACUCCAGAGCUUUCUCGGUUUGAUGGGCUACUUGCGUAGUUUCAUACCGAGGUAUGCGGAACAUACAGCGAGGAUGUGUGAGCUCCUGAAGAAGAACGCCCGGUACGAAUGGACAGAUCGACUGCAGCUAGACUUCGACGGUCUCAAGCGAGGAGUAGCGAAUACCGCAACCUUACACGCGCCACGGCCAGGAAGUCCGUACGUAGUAUACAGGGAUGCCUCCGGAGUGGGCGUAGGAGCAGCGCUCAUGCAGGAGCAAGACGGCCAAGAAGUGCCCCUGGAGUAUGCAAGCCGUAAGUUGUCGGACACAGAACGAAGGUGGGAUACCCGAGAGAGGGAGCUCUACGCCAUCAAGUACGCGCUAGAGAAAUGGCGAGACUACCUCGGCCUAGAGAAGUUUGUGGUACGGACGGAUCACAACAACCUCAGAUACCUAGCGACGGCCCACACGGGCAAGGCCCAGCGUUGGGCAUUGUACCUAGUGCGAUUUAACUUCGAUAUAGAGUUCCUACAGGGAAGUCAGAAUAACGUUGCCGACUGGCUUUAG